AAGGAAAAAUAUUUACACAAAACAUAAAAACUGUUUCUUUACCUGUGCCUUGUUAAAUAAAUAACUACGUAUUUGAAUAAAACAUGUUUUUUCAUAAAUCGAUGGAAUGGAAUUGAUGGAAAUAAUUCAUUUUCCUCCAAAGGUGCGCAAAAACUGAAAAAUGCAUUUACAUAGAAGUUGAAAUAUAAUUCAUGUUAACAAGCCCAAUUUAGCGAAAUUGUAAAGUUUGUUAAACUCGAUUAAGAAGGGCCGGUUGUAAUUAUUAGGAUAAUCCGCUUAAACCAAUCGCGCCCAACAUUACGCUAAAUUUUAAGCCUUACAAAUACGUGGGUUAAAUUUAGCAUUUAGACCGAUUUAUUUCCAUCAGUUUGGCUUUGAUAUUUGAGAUGAUAUCUUAUGGCAUUACAAUUUAAAAGGUCCGUGAAGGUUUUUACGAAUUACUUAUUAGAAAUCAUAAUUAGCGCAUAGAUGGAAAAACGAAAGGAAUGUGCUUAAAUAAAUUAAGAAACAUGUAAUUUUUUUUCACUGUAAUGCUGAUUUCGAUUUUCCCGACACUAGAGAGAAAAGUACGCUACAAUUUUUAUAGAUACAAAACUGUUGUUGUAUCAGAAUUUGAAUUUGCAUAUUUGAAUUAUUUUUGUGGAAACAAAGCCGAGAUUAUGUAGAAAUUUAAUCGUUACAAACGCAUAGGCCGCUGCAUUUACCAAUUUUCAUUACAUCAUGUUUAUUAUUUAUUAAUAAUAAUUGAUUCCGAACACAAAUAAUUGCGAUUGUUAUUGAAACGUGAAAAGCGCUCACAUCAGCAUUCUUGUAAAAUUUCCUGCACCGAAUUGGAAUAGUUUGUGUAGUAUUCCAACGAUGUUCCGAUUGAUCGGAAUCACACUCCUUUUGGGGCGACUCUGCCUCGCCCAACACCUCCUCGACGAGUCCGUCUUUACCGUGAACGGCAAGAAGGCCUUACACAUUGUCAGCGAUAAAUUUCUCAGCUUUUCGAUCGAUCCUGCUGUUCUCCUAACCGGUCUGAAUUUGAGCGAUACGACCCUUCAAAUGGCGAAGCGACUCAGUCCUGCCUACAUUAGGAUCGCAGGACCUUCCACCCAUUACGUAAAAUACCAAGAGGAGAACUCGAACGAGGUUGAAAAUGGCAAUGUGGCAGUUACGCCGACGAUGUGGUUCGGGAUAAAUGAGUGGCUGGCAUCGGCCAAUCUCACCCCAGUUUUCGGAAUUAAUGAUCGGGAGACCACGAGGGAUGGAUGGAAUCCGCAGGAUGCGAUGCCGUUGUUGGAUAUUUCGGAUAAGUUUAAUGUGAGCUGCUAUUGGCAGCUGGGGUAUGACUGCACGAAUAAAAGCGAAGGACAGUAUGAAACCGACCUGAAGCGACUACAACACGUCUUGGACGCUUUUCCGGACAAUAGGGAACGGUGGAAAAUCAUAGGAAGCGAUUUAAGACGAUGCGUUACUGACACUAAACGAAUUCUGGACAAUAUGGAUAAUGUUCUAGCUGCGGCUAUCCUGGAACCGACAACCAAAAGUGACACAAUUUACUUGCAACAAUUAAACGAAUGGCAUAUUUUACCCAAAGUUCCACUUUGGACAGUGUCUCCUAAGUCCGCACAUCCAGUUUCUUUUGAUUCGGCUAUUUCUUGGGCUAAACAACUGGGAGAAGCGGCCAAAAUUGGCUAUCAGGUUAUUUUGCGACAGCCACGCCUACAUGAAAUUUAUUCAGAAACCCCUCCAUAUUGGGUUUCCGCGAUGCAUAAAAAUUUAAUGGGAAGGAACGUUUUGGAUGUCAAACCUACAAUUGGUCAUUCCGGAUUAUCGGUUUACGCCCAUUGUACUAAACACCAAAACGAUUUUAUCCGCAGUGGUGCUAUGACAGUCCUUGUUGUGAACAACUGUACCACAAACCAUACACUUUUACUUAAAUUUGGUACAGUUCUACUGAAAAAUACUGAAGUCCAAUCUUAUAUUUUGACGAGCGAGGAUUCCACGAAUGUUUUAUUAAAUGGUGAAAGAUUAAGUAUGGACAAAUAUACAGGCGAUAAACUUAAUGUUUUACCGAAAUUGAGACGUGCAAGGAUCAUGAAUUACUUAUCGUUGUUUGUGCCGCCAAAAUCCGUUGCUUUCUUUGUUUUACCCGGUGCCCAAAUUCCGAUUUGUGCCAAUGAAGAAAACGAUUUGAAACAAUUAAUUGAAGAAAUAAGUGAAGAUCAGAAUAUACCGUUUUCGGAAGAAGUUUCAGUUGAUAUCAAUUCAAGACUUUCCGAACGCAAAACUCCAUCUUUGCACGAAUUGCAUGAAGUUAUGAUGAAAGAAUUGGAGUCUGAUGAACGGUUUUACAAACAAUUAAAAAUGAAGAAGAAGAACGUGCAUGAAGGUGAAGCUAGGAAAUUUUUCAUCGAUCAAACCAAACACAAACAUUUUGACGAUUACAAAAGACCGAAGCAUAAGGAUGAAGAAACGAAGAAAAUUUUUGAACUUGAGUUGACUAGUGCCGAAAUCCGGAAAGUUUUAGCUGAUCGAGCGAAAGCUAAAGCCGCAAAGAAGCAUAUAAUUUUCACUAGUGAAGAAUUGGAGGAAAUUAUGGAUAAAGCGACUGAAAAAAUUUUAAAUAGUAAAAAUGCAGCGAUUCGGAUUCGGAAGAAGUCAAAGAGAGAAGCACCACGUGAUAAAAAGGACAUAAAUAUGAGACUGCUGAAAUUGAAGACUUUGGGUGAUAAUCGAAGAAAAUUGUUGCGAGAAACAUUUAAUAAACGGAAAGCUAAAUCGGAACAGAAACGUGAGAAAAGGGACAUUAAUAUGGAUUUGCUCAAGUUGAAGACGGAAAUGUUGCAUCCGAACACGAACAAGAGUAAAAAAUUGAAGAAAAAGGUGUUUGAAAAUAGAGAAGAGAAACAAGCGACGAUUCGCGAGCCUGGACAAACCUCGGAUGAGUUCGUCCAGUUUGAGGAAGAAAAGGAAGAAAGUCCUUUGCCUGAUGGGGACGUUUUUGCCGACUUAGCCGACCCUGAUGAAGUUUUCUUAACAACGGAAAAACCAUCAAAAUUUGGACUGAAAACUUUCUUCAAUAAACCCAAACCGAAGAUUGAGGUACAACCCAUUAAAUUUGAACCAUCUGAUUUGGUAGUUGAGGAUGAUUUUGAGGUAAAUUCGGACUUUGAUGACAAUAAUGAAAACGAAUAUUACGACUGCAUUCAUGAGUUUUUCGGAAAGAGAAUUCCAGAGGAAAAACAAAUGAAAAAUUCGUCCGAAUUGUGGGAAGUCGGUUUGAUUGAAGAAAAAACGGAUAACCACUUGCCUGCUUUGCACAAUCGAGGGUUUGCUGUUAAUGAAGCCGAACUCGAUUCGCAAAAGUCUGAAGUUAAACACGACGAUUUUGUCGAAAACGAUUACGAGGAUUUGGAUAGUGACGAAAGUAGUCCGUUGAGGAAAAAACGAAGCAUAAACGAAUUAAGCGCUGACACGAAAUUUUAUUAUAUUUUAGGUCAAGGUUACGAUCCUACGAAACUAAAGAUUGACGAUAAUUUGAAGGAGCAACAGUUUAAAAUUUUGAAGGAUCAUCUGGCGAAUAGGAAGAAGCUCGAUUUUAUUACCAGAAAUAAUGAACUGGUGCAUCAGCACAAAGUAAGAUCUCUACAAAAUAGAAACUUUCUGGUCGAUAAGUACAAAUCAUUGGCUGAGGGUUUUAAAGUUUGGAAACCUUCGGAUAUUUUGACUCUGAAAAAUCCUACCGGAAAAAAGUCGAAGAGGAGCCUCGAUCACGAUGCGGAUUCGGUCGAGAACGAAAUUGGAAGUUUCAUGAAUGAGAUUAUUAAAAACACGGAGAUGAUUCAGCCGAAACUCGAUCGGGAAAACGGCGACUAUCAGUUGGUUUUUCCAAACAAGGAUAAGAUCGAAGUCGUUGAGAAAAACGGAGAUGCUGAACUGAAAUUGGUGCUUCAUGGUGGCGAGUCGACUUGUCCAACGACCGAGAAAGUGGAGGAGAGCACUCGUACAAACAUUCAGAAAAUUACGAAAAAAGUGCCUGACAACGUGUGGGAUAAACUUUUCCGAAAAUUAUCCAAGUUUUUCCAAGGUUUGAGCUCUAAAUUACGGAAAUAUAUUAUGGAUGAUUUAUUGAAAUAGUAACAUAUUUGUUGCUGCUUUUACUUGUAUAUUUUUCGAAUAAAAUUGUUUUCUACGUA